AUGGAGCAGCAAUAUAAAAAGUUUCUCAAAGUUUUCAAGAAGCUUUACAUAAACAUCCCAUUUGUCGAAACACUAGUCCAGAUGCCUAGCUACGUAAAAUUCCUGAAAGACAUCUUGUCAAACAAACGUAAGCUAGGAAAACAUGAGAUGGUCAUGCUAACUGAGGAAUGCUACGUCAGGAUUCAGAAAAUGAUUCCACCAAAAUUGAAAGAUCCAAAGAGUUUCACUCUCUUUUGUACUAUUUGUGAAGUAUAUUUCGAUAAUGCUUUAUGUGAUCUUGGUGCAAGUAUAAAUUUAAUACCUCUGUCUAUUUUCAGGAAACUUGGAUUGGGAGAGGCUAAGGCUACCACUGUAACAUUGCAUUUAGCUGAUAGAUCCUUGACACAUCCACGAGGGAUAAUUGAAGACGUGCUGAUCAAAGUGGAAAAAUUCAUCUUUCCUGCGGAUUUUCUCAUUUUGGAUAUGAAGGAAGACAAGGAUAUUUCACUGAUAUUGGGCGAUGAAUCGACUUACAGAGUUAGCUACUUCCAUAUCGACAUGAUUGAAAAUGUGGUUCAAGAUUCAUUUCUACUACAUAAUCUGUCAAAUGCUUAUGAGGCUUGCAUUUCAAACUUUCAGUCGACACAUUCUGAUUCUGCGGAGAUGGAAACAUGUGCUAGCUUUUUGGAUACCAACCCAACUUAUACACGCAUAAGAUAUGCCUACUUGGGAGAGUAUUGUACACUUUCGUUUAUUAUCUCAAACACAGUCAGCGAAGUAGAAGAGGAAAAACUGCUUAGGGUACUCAGGAAAAAUAAAAUAACGAUUGCAUGGACUAUAGUAGAUAUCAAAGGGAUCAGCCCUUCACUAUGUAUGCAUAAGAUUCUCAUAGAGGAAAAUUUCUACCCAACCAUAGAGAGUCAAAGGAGGUUGAAUCCAAAUAUAAAGGAAGUGGUCGGAGUAGAGGUACUCAAGAUUCUAGAUGCAGAAAUCAUAUAUUCAAUAUCAGACAGUGCAUGGACUAACCCAGUUCAAGUAGUGCCAAAGAAAGAUGGAAUCAUGGUAGUGCCAAAUGAGAAGAAUGAGCUAAUUCUUACCAGAAUAGUGACGGGAUGGAGGAUGCUAGAAAGAUUGGUAGGCCACUCACAUUACUGCUUCCUCGAUGGGUACUUAGGUUACAUUCAGAUACCAGUGGCACCAGAUGACCAGGAGAAAACAACUUUCACCUAUCCUUAUGAAGAUUCAUCAAGGACUUUUCGAAACAUUAAGCCACUAUGCAACCUAUUGAUGAAAGACGUGCUGUUUGAGUUUAAUGAGAAAUGCCUGAUAGCUUUCAACACUUUGAAGGAGAAACUCAUGUCAACAUCGAUAGUUGGAGCACCAGAUUGGGAAUUAUCCUUUGAACUAAUGUGUAAUGCCAGUGAUCAUGUUGUGGGUGCAGUAUUAGGAUAG